CAAGAGGUUGAGACAGAGAAUAAACAAAGCCAAAGUUCAGUGAUUUUAAUCAUCUAUAUAAACAGGAGGUCUCUCUCAGUCAAGUCUGGCCCUUUUCUGUCUGUGGUCAACAUACUGUAAGCUCCAGUCAGAAGAAGUUCACCAUGAUGCGUGCAGCUCUGUGUGUCUGGAUCUUAUCAGCGGUAGUCUGCGUGGGAAGAGGUGACCACCAUGUAGGUCAUGCCAUGGGGGGCCAAGACACUGCGGUCGACGGCAGCGACAGCAGCGUCUCACUGCUGACUUCAGCAAACCAAGAUUUUGCCUUCCGCCUGUACAAAAAAUUAGUGGCUCACGCUGACUCCCAAGGCAAAAACAUUUUCUUUUCACCAGCUAGUGUUUCUGUGGCCUUGGCUGCCUUGUCUGUGGGAGCACGGGGGGAGACCCAUCGACAGCUCUUCGGCGGUUUGGGCUUCAACAAUUCCCAACUGACACAAGAAAAUGUAGACCGAGCCUUCCAUACGCUCCUCGAAAAGUCAGUAACUAAUGAAGACACCAACGCAGGUACAGCUGUGUUCGUGGAUAACCGCUUCAAGGCAGAGCCUGACUUCCUGGAGGUCUUGAAGCAGUCCUAUUUUGCAGAAGGGUUUAAUGUUGACUUCACCAAAACCACAGACAGUGCCAAUACCAUCAAUAAGUAUGUAUCAGAUAAGACCAACGGGAAGAUUGAAAAGCUGGUUGAGAGCCUAGACCCAAACACAGUCAUGUAUCUCAUCAGUUACAUCUACUUCAAAGGAAAGUGGGAAAAUCCAUUUGACGCCGAGCUGACCAAGGAAGACAUCUUCAACGUGAACGAGAACACCAAGGUUCCAGUCCAGAUGAUGAACAUGGAAGACAGUUUUGAUAUCUAUUAUGACCAGGCCAUUAACACUUCAGUCCUCCACCUUCCCUUCAACGGUUCCUACUCCAUGCUGCUGGUGCUGCCAGACGAUAUGACAGUACUGGAGAAUGUUAUUUGCCCAGCACAUGUCACCAAAUGGCUGAAGUGGAUGAAGUCCAGGAGAUAUGACAUUUUUGUUCCAAAGUUCUCCAUCAAGUCUUCCUACACGCUGAAUGAUGUGCUGAUUCAAAUGGGAAUGACAGACAUGUUUGGCGAUCGUGCAGAUUUGAGUGGUAUUUCAGCGGGGCAAAAGCUGGCCGUCUCAGACGUUGUGCACCAAGCCACCCUGGAUGUCGAUGAGGCCGGAGCCACUGCAGCAGCCGCUACAGGCAUCGGUAUCACGCUUAUGUCCUUCCAGCACAUCCCAGUCUUGAAAUUCAACCGUCCGUUUAUGGCUGUCAUCACUGAGCGCGCCACGAAUGAAAUCCUUUUCAUGGGAAAGAUUAUCAACCCAACCAUCUGAUCAAGGAAACGUUCAACCACAGUAUUUGUGGAAGACAUUAAAUAUUCCAAAAAUAAAAGCUUUUUUGUGUGA